AUGCACCUCAAUGCCGAACGACAGGUUGUGAAGGUCGGAACGAACAACGAGUGUUCAUUGGAAGAACAUGAGCAGAGGUUGCUGCGGGUGCUUCAUCGGUUGAAGCAGUACGGCCUGAAGCUCUCUCCGGAAAAGUGCAAGUUUUUCCAGACGUCGGUGAGAUAUCUGGGGCACAUUGUGUCAGAGGAGGGAGUGAAGACGGAUCCAGAUAAGCUUCAAGCUCUGAAAUCCUGGCCAGUUCCCAAAACACUCAAAGAGCUCCGUUCAUUCUUAGGUUUUGCUGGCUAUUACAGGAGGUUCAUCAAAAGUUAUGCUGCCAUCGCUAAACCGUUAAAUGACCUCACACGUGGUUAUGCACCCACUUCCAAGAACCGAGCGAAGCCCAGUCCAGACAAGAGCUAUGAUGUGAAGCAGCCUUUUGGAGAGCGAUGUAUGGUGUCAGUAGCGUGUCAGUAUCGUGUCAGUAUCGUGUCAGUAUCGUGUCAGUAUCGUGUCAGCAGCGUUAUGGUGUCAGUAGCGCGUCAGUAUGGUGUCAGUAUGGUGUCAGUAUCGUGUCAGUAUCGUGUCAGUAUCGUGUCAGUAUGGUGUCUGUAUGGUGUCAGUAUGGUGUCAGUAGCGCGUCAGUAUGGUGUCAGUAUGGUGUCAGUAGCGUGUCAGCAGCGUGUCAGUAUCGUGUCAGCAGCGUGUCAGUAUCGUGUCAGUAUCGUGUCAGUAUCGUGUCAGUAUCGUGUCAGUAUCGUGUCAGUAUCGUGUCAGUAUCGUGUCAGUAUCGUGUCAGUAUCGUGUCAGUAUCGUGUCAGUAUGGUGUCAGUAUCGUGUCAGUAUCGUGUCAGUAUCGUGUCAGUAUCGUGUCAGUAUCGCGUCAGUAUCGUGUCAGUAUCGUGUCAGUAUCGUGGAUUCGCCUCCACUUUCACCGACAAAACUGCAUCUGACUCUCCAGACGCACUGCAGCUGCUGAAGACCCCGGAGACAGAGCAGAAGGAGCCCAGUGCUGUCCAGGCCUCUGUAAUGAGAGCGGCCCCUGUCCCCGGCUCUCCCGGGCUCCCAGCUCUGCACUGCUGCAGAUUUAUCAUCGCUCAAAAGGACGUCUGGAACCACAGGGCCUCGUUCAGCAGGAGCGGCCCCCAGCGGCUCUCACCGGCCCCCAGCAGCCCCAGCGGCCCCCAGCAGCCCCAGCAGCCCCAGCGGCCCCCAGCUGCCUCACCUCAGGUCACACUUCACACACGCAGACACAGACAGUUCGGAAAAAGUCACUUAACUUGUGUUGGAUCCUAA